CUUAGAUUGUAUUGUCGCCUCGAGGACUUCCUGGCAUAUUGGAAGGAGGUCAGGGCAUCAUUUCAAAUGGCACUAUAUUGACCCACCAUACGAACCACUCAUUAACAGUCCUCGCACCACAACUCCACGAACCAGUCCCUUGCACAGCUCGUAUUGAACAGUACAAUCAGGGACUUGCGAUAUCUAUGCUAUCUCCCACAAGAACAGUAGACUCCACGCAGGGUGUCUCUGUAGCCAUGACGGAUAGACAAUCACUCUUCGAUACACCAUUUGACCUUCUCCCAAAUCCAAAGCAGGUCUGGGUGGGGGGAGCCUGGAAGCCAAGAAGAAGGUCUGGGGAGCUUUCCAUUCUGACACCGGAAGUAGUGGCCAAGGCGGCAGCAACCGAGAUCAAGACAGGCCGGCGCGUGACUAUGGCUUGGGAAUUGACCAAACUCGAUUACCCCAAUCUGGACCGCGGACCAUGUCAUCAUCGGAUUGUGCCGCUGUUGGGUGGCGUGGCUUUUAAUGAUGUCUAUAUGAUGAACCCGCAGCAAAGCAGUCAAUGGGAUGGGCUGCGACACUUUUCGCAGUCAGUCCCAGGUCAACCCGAGCGCGUCUUUUACGGCGGGACAACAGUGGAAGAGAUCACUGACCGGAAGAAUUAUCGAAUUGGCAUACAAAACUGGGCACGGGAGGGCUUAGCUGAUCGAGGGGUACUCAUUGACUACGCGACGUGGGCCGAGAAACGUGGUAUACAAUAUAGCACGUUCUCAACCCAUCAGAUCAGACUAUCCGAUAUCAUACAAGUUGCAAAAGAAUCCAACGUCGUCUUCCAAAAAGGUGAUAUUCUCUUCAUCCGCAUAGGAGUCACCAAGGAAUGGGACACCGUCAUGACACACAGUCAGAAGCAGCGAUAUUCCGAAAAUCCGGAGCACCAACACGCAGGUGUGGAGGCUACUGGCGAUGUGCUUCGUUGGCUCUGGGAUACGGGCUCUGCAGCGAUUGCGAGCGAUGAAAUCAGCUGGGAGGUCUUUCCACCUCAGUCUCCUGAUUUGUUUCUCCAUGAAUACGUCCUUGCGGGAUGGGGCAUGCCCAUUGGCGAACUCUUCAACUUAUGGGCUUUAGCACGUACAUGCGAGGACCUCAAGCGUUGGACGUUCUUCGUCACAUCUGUGCCUUUGAAUAUGCCCGGUGGAGUGUCGUCCCCACCAAACGCAAUGGCCAUAUUCUGAGGCAUGUCUUGAUGCAAAGCUACUAUUGUUGUGAUCUACCACUUGUGCCCUGCAAUGUGAAGACCCAGUCGGGGCGCUUGCGUUGUAGUCUUAGAAGCAGAAGCCUUAGUCUGUGGCAUACGGUCACCUCUUCUAUCUUAAGAAAAAUUUGAUCCCUG